AUGUGGAAGAAGGAGGCAACUGUCGAAGCUAUCCACCCGUUGCCCGAUAUAGCAUCCUCUAAUUUCCCAAAUCUACGCCGCCUCUUUGUGGAGGCUCGCACCGAUGCUGAAGAAAGUACCUACUCGAGGACAGCUUUCUACAACCUUGUGCUGUUCCUAUCUUCAGUCACUGUCUUCAGUCUUGCUGCUCAACGCGUCAGGGGUGGGAAAGUCACAGCUCCAUGA